AUGUUUGUCUCUUUGUGUCCUGAAGACGAACACGAGACAGAAGAAGACAACGAGAAGGAAACGUCCACAGGAGACGAGUUGGGAGACGGUCAGCAGGUGUUUGAUCCACAGCCAGGAGCCGUUGAGGACGAGCAGAAAUCCUCGACCCCGCCCAGAGAGAGACCAGCUCCUCCCGGCAGCCUGGCGCUGUCCGGGUCACGGCCGAUCAAGAAGAAGAGAGUCCUGGUGGCGCCGGCGCUCAGUCUGUCUCUGGGUCGCAGUGAGUCGGCGGUCUCAGACGACUUCCCCUCAGCCUUCCUCUCCCCCUCAGUCGAAGACGAGGAUGACACGGGUCUGGACUUCGACCUGGACGACAUAGAAACGCCGUCUGACAGCGAGUCUCUGCCGUUCCCCAUGUACGACCUGGACCUGGAGGACGACCUACGGCGCCUCGGCGUCGCGUCCAGCAGCCGCAGAGGUCCCGGCUCCAGACCCAGAUCCUGGUCCAACCGCGCCGGUUCUGCAGCGUCGGCGGAGCAGAGCGGACUGGGAGCUCUGGAGCGGGAGGACCAGGUGGACGGCGAAGGCACCAGGUGGCGCUGUUUCUCCACAGGUGACCCGCCGCAGGAGAGCCGCGUCAACAUGAGCGUGCUGGAGCCGUUCCUGCGGGUGCUGUCACACGGAGGUUACUAUGGAGACGGUAUGAAUGACAUCAUCGUGUUUUCUUCCUGUUACCUGCCAGAGAACAGUCUGGAGAAUUACCAGUGUGUGAUGGACAACCUGUUCAGGUACGUUGUGGGGACUCUGGAUCUGAUGGUAGCAGAGAACUAUGUGAUGGUUUAUCUGUGUGCUGGAGGCCAGAACGACAAACUACCAGGAAUCAGCUGGCUGAGAGAGUGUUACACCACCAUCGACAGGAGGCUGAGGAAGAACCUGAAGGGUUUCUAUGUGGUUCAUCCCACCUGGUACAUCAAAGCUCUCGUCACCAUCAUCAAACCCUUCAUCAGCUCUAAGUUCACCAGGAAGCUUCAGUUCGUCGACAGCCUGCAGAGUCUCUCUCACUUCGUCCCCACUGAGCACGUGCAGCUGCCCGACUGCGUCAGACAGUACGACCAGAACCUGUCCAGGUGA